AUGGAGACGGAGACGCUGCGUCCUGUGGCACACGGCGCCUCGGGUCUGCCUCCGAGCUCGUGCUCCCCCGACGAGGGCUGUGGACGUCUCUCACUGGCCAGCGGAGGCCGCCUCUCUGGUCAUCGCGGUGGCUAUGAUACCUGCCAGACUUUUCUCAGCAAGAUGGCCGACUGCGUGGGAGGGUAUGGGCCCGCCCCCAAGCUCCUCUCAGUCAGCUGCGCCAACUGUGCCAAGCGCCAGGAGGCCCCCCAAAAGAAACUGCUUUCCGAAAAAAAACUGUUUUCCGCUGUUGAGCGGAGUGGCCACACCUGGCUGCUAGCAGCAAGGCCUGCCGUUCCAGCCACCAACGGCUCCGUGGGCGAACCCCCACUGACCCCUUGUAGCAGGCGCCGCCGGCACCCGCUGUGUGAGGCGCUCCUGGCCACGCGCGUGAGCUUCCUGCUCACCUCCCCGCUGCUGAUCCCGUCGAGACCGUUCUUCCGGGCGCCCAUCCUAGACGGACACGGGCUCACCGGACGGGCCUUCUCGGCAGUUGACAACCAGGUCACGUCGCUGGCCGCCGUGCUGUCCCGCUAUCAGGGUUCCCACGGCGAGGACGGCGGCAGCAAGAACUGCUUCGGGCGGAAUGGAGCGUCCAUCUACAUCCGGGUCCCCCUGGGCACGCUCGUCAAGGAAGGACGAGAGACGGUGGCCGACCUCGCUCACCCGGGCGACGAGUACAUGGCCGCCCUCGGGGGCGCCGGAGGGAAGGGCAACCGCUUCUUCUUGGCCAAUGACAACCGCGCCCCGGUGACCUGCACCCCCGGGCAGCCCGGGCAGCAGCGCGUCCUCUUCCUGGAGCUCAAGACGGUGGCCCACGCGGGGAUGAUCGGCUUCCCCAACGCCGGGAAGUCCUCGCUGCUGCGAGCCAUCUCCAACGCCAGACCAGCCGUGGCCCCCUACCCGUUCACCACCCUGAAGCCCCACGUCGGCGUCGUGCACUACGAAGGCCACCAGCAGGUGACAGUGGCCGACAUCCCCGGCAUCGUGCAGGGCGCCCACCAGAACCGCGGCCUGGGGCUGGCCUUCCUGCGCCACAUCCAGCGCUGCGGCUUCCUGCUCUUUGUGUUGGACCUCUCGCUGCCCGAGCCCUGGGCACAGCUCAGUCUCCUGAAGAGGGAGCUCGAGCAGUACCAGCCAGGCCUGGCUGAGAGGCCGCACACCGUUGUCGGGAACAAGAUCGACCUCCCCGAGGCCAGAGCCCGCCUGCCCGAGCUCCAGGCUCGCCUCAGGCCGACGACGGUCAUCCCCCUGUCGGCCACCACCGGUGAGAACCUGGAGGUGCUGCUGCUGCGCCUGAAGGAGCUUCGGGACGACUGUAAGGGGGCCGGCAUGCAGGUGGCCGAAGGCCCCGUGAGCUGCAGUGCCCUCACUGGACAGGGCCACCGCUGAGCUGCAGCGUCUCAGGAUGGCCACUGGCGGCGGGCACCAGUGCAGGGCAGAGGACUUUCCAGGCUGCUGCACAAAUAAAUCCCACUUAUUACGCGGA